GCCGCUGCAGAGAGUCUCGCUCUGCAUACCAUGGUCGGGGGCUCUGAGCCGAUUCGCUUCUUCCCAUAAGACCAUUCCAUCCCUCGGCCUCCUGGCUAGAGGCUCCCCACUGUCUCUCCUACCAAAUUUCCUAGUCACCUAUAGACUAUUUUACCGUCUCCUCAAUAAUCCAUGUCGCCUCUCAUCAAGGCCUUCAUCCAUAAGACCGUCGCCGUCCUCGGUGCUUCCUAUGGAGGCGCUCGAACGGCCCAAUUACUAGCCCAACAACUACCAAGCGACUGGAGAGUCGUUCUGAUCGACCGUAACACGCAUUUCAAUCAUCUCUAUGCGUUGCCUCGGUUCGCUACUCUCCCAGGACACGAGCACAAGGCCUUCAUCCCUUAUACCAACGUCUAUGAACUUCCACCAGACAUUCCCUCCAUCGGUGAUCGCUCGAGACACUUGAUCUUGAAUGCCCAGGUCACAUCCAUCAAGGAACACUCCCUUACUCUGUCGCGUUCUUUCCCCGAACAUGACAUUGUCAAUGGCGUACUGAAUUUUGACUUUGCUGUCUACGCUUUGGGCAGUCACCUCCCGGCUCCUAUCAACCUUUGGGGUCCGGUAGGCGACGAGGAAGACGUAAAGGCAUCUGAAAAACCCGAGUCAGCUCCCGUCACAUCAGAAGAGACCCCUGCAUCACUGCGUACCGAAACAUCAGGAGAGUCUACCCCUGUUGCUGUUGCCCCUGCUUCAUUUCCCGCCAAAGCCGUCGUUGUCUCAUCCACCCGUGUCAACUCGGAGUCGUUUGUGACCAAGCCCCAACCCGUUCAGCUAAAGCCCUCGUCAAAUAUUCUUACUGAGAAGCCCGCCACUGAGCUCGUCCGAGGGACAAAGCCUGCAGCUAUCAACUGGUUGAAACGUUUCCACAAGCGCAUCGAAAAGGCUUCCAGUGUGCUCGUCGUUGGUGGAGGUGCCCUUGGAAUCCAGUAUGCUUCCGACAUCGCCGAGGUCUUCCCUAAUAAAGCUGUCACGUUAUUGCAUUCCCGUCAGAGGUUGUUGCCCAGGUUCGACGAGGGUAUGCAUGAUGAGAUCCUCUCGACAUUGUUCUCGCUGAACGUGACCACCAUCCUCGGGGAACGUCUUGAUCUCAACUACCCCGGCAAGAUCGUCGUCAACGAGCAUGGCAUUCCCGAGCGUAUGGUCCGAACACUGAGUGGUCGUGAAAUCCGCGCAGAGCUCGUCCUUUUGUGUACAGGUCAGACACCGAACACGGGCCUCAUCAAGGAGCUUCUUCCGGAUAGCAUUGUCCCCGAGGGUUCUUCCAAGGGUUCAAUUCGCGUGACACGUACUCUCCAGAUCGGCGUCCCUGCUCCAGUAGCUUCGACAUCAACUACUGGUUCUAACCUCUCCGUUUCCUCUACAUCCACCUCGCCUUCCGAAAAGCAAGAAGCGCAUGCACAAGACCCCGAGCUCACGGUUCCUUAUCCAAACUUAUUCGCUAUUGGAGAUGCUGCAGACGCGUUUGGAGCGAUCAACGCCGGCCAUAACGCUUAUUUCCAAGGCGAAGUGGCUGCCAGGAAUAUUUUGAAGAUUAUCGAGGCUGCUAAUGAGGGCAAGGAUGAGAAGGAAGUCGAGUUGGAGAAGUAUACGCCUGGCCCGCCUGCUAUCAAGAUUUCUUUGGGUUUGACGAAGGCGUUGUUCCAGAUUAAUGGUGUGGUGGGUAAGAAGUCGGAUGUUUCGGAGGAUUUGGACGCCCCUGCUAUGUGGAACUAUAUGCAUAUCGCGACAGAUGAGGAAGGGAUGUUGACUCUCUGAAAUUGUUGACUCUCUGAAGUUGUCGACGCUUUGCUCGUUUUCGUGGUUCACGACUUCGGACCUAGGAGUAGGAAGGAUGAGUUGGGUUUGGAAAGCAAAAUUUCUGUUAAGUUACCGUAAAGAUGUUAUUUAGUUCAUUUCGUAAACCCAGUCACAACGUGAUACAUACCACUCAGCGCAAUAUCGGAAGGUGAUAUCGGAAUUAUGCGUGCAAUAAUGGGUGUAGUAAGCUGUGGCAUAUGUUGAGUUAGCUUCGUUAACUAAGCAGUCGGCCACGGCUGGAGUCAGGGUGAGGAUAUCGUAUGAAUGCGGUAUGGCACGCGCUCCUAUGAAUAUUGUGAAAAAGGAGUCAGCUCAAAGUGGGGUCAACAAGUAAAUGUAUGAUAUAACC